AUCUCGAGUUCAUCGAGGGAAAUGGAAAAGACAAAAAAACAAAUUUUGGAAAGUUUUCUUAUUAUAAGAGAGAAGAGCAAUUAUUAGGGUUCUUUGGAGUUUGGACAAAGGAACGAGGAGAAAGACAAAAAUGGCUCUGUUCUUCAGCCGAAUCUCGAAGCUCUCUGUACGCAGGUACAAUGCUCGUUUUUUCUCAUCAUUGCCUCAGUCACCAUGUCUGGUUCUGGGCACUAAGAAGUUGCGAGAGUCUCCAGAGGAGGGGAUAAUCAUGCAUCAAAAGUUAUUCUACCCGGCAACGAAAAAGACAGUGUACAGCAAGGAGAAGAAGUAUCCCAAAGAGCUCGUUGGCAAAACUCUUCUGGGAGCAUCUCAAGGUUGGGGAAUUUCUUGGAAGGACCUUACCUUGCAUCUCACGGAUCUGUACAAGCCGUGUGUCUCAUCUUCAAAAGUCAUAUCACUACCUCCACUUGGGCUCGAGUAUAAACCCACAACCCAUGCCACGGAACUGUCUCUCUCUUCUUCUGAUCCUGUCCAAGACGACUUUUCUGUGGCUGCAAAGUUCAAUGAAUAUCACGUAAGUGUCUGCAGGCCUCGUUGGGACUCUGAGUGGACUCACAUCGGGACCGCUUACUCUCUUUUACCAGCCUCUAAGCUCAUGUUUUCCAAGAGAGACCAAGCUUUCCACUUUACCAGUUUUAAGGGUCUCUACAUGGGUUCUCUGUAUCUCAACAACUACAAAGAGAUCAAGCAUAAAGAAAUACGCCUAAGAAAUAUGCCUAAGAUUCCACAGGCAGGUUGGGAGAUGUUGGAUAAUUGUUCCAUGACCAACCACUUAGUGGAAUCUUCCUCUGGUGAACUUUUCUUCAUCAAGUGGUACACACAGUGUAUUCACCAAGAGGAAUUUGUCCACAGCAGUACUAAGCGGUUCAUGGUCUUUAGGCAAGAUGGGAUGAGCAAAGACUUUUGUUACACUGAAGAUAUUGGAGAUCUCUGCAUCUUCCUUAGUAACAGUGAACCCUUCUGUCUCUCAGCAAGCUUGUACCCGGGGCUCAAACCUAACUCCAUCUAUUACAUUGGCCCUAGACAUGGUUGUUACGAUCUAGCUUCUGGCACGAACCGUCCCUUCCCUUUUGAUGAAUUUGGCAAACCCUCGCGGGUCAGUGCCCCUUACUGGAUCUUUUCGACCUCUUCUCCGAGUUCUAACUAGGAUCUAGAUCUGCCUUGUGUUUUGUGACUUCAAUUGUUCCUUUCUUGAUCCUUCUAUCAGUUAGGGUUUGUGUGAUUGAAGAUUUGGAUUUUAAAUUAUAUAUAUUAACGUUCUCUGGUGUUCUGUUUUUAAAUUCCUUGUAAUGGAUUGAGUUAAAAAAU